AUGGAGAAAAGGAAAGAAUCUUUAAGUGCACUAAAACUGUGUAGGUUUUGUUUGACACAAAAUGAAUCGCUGGGGAGCCUGUAUGACAGGCAUCAUACACCAAAGAAUUCUGUCGAUCUUCCUUUAAAAAUCUUAUCAUGCGUUUCAAUUGAGGUCUUCCCCUCAGACAAAAUGCCAUCUUUUAUAUGCAAUCAUUGCAGAUUUUUUAUGGAUCUCUUUUAUAAAUACAAGCAGAUCUGUCGUCAAUCUGAUGAGAAUAUAUUACAAUACAUUCAGAAUGGUACACCCUUGGAAUCUGUUCCUUGGCCUCCUUCUCUCAUUCAAGCAUAUCAAAAUUCAGUGAAAAAUGAGGUAGUAAAAACUGUAGUUGAGGGGGGUGCCACAGUGCAGGUCAGUACACAGGAUGUCUCCGACAGUGAUUAUGAAGAGGAGGAAAAUGUUUUCAAUGUAACGAUUGCUGAUGGUUUUGAUGAGGGGUCCAAGGCUGUUUCAACUUGCAUAAAAGUAGUGACCAGCAAAGACAAUCAAAAUAGUCCUAAAAAUUUCCAGAGACAGGAUAACAAAGAUAGCAAUAUUAUAGAGCCCAAGGAUAAAAUACUUAAGCAGAAUGAAUCGGGGGGUUUAGAAGAUGGUUGCUGGCCGUGCAAUGAAUGUGAACGUACCUAUCCCCUUCAGCAACUUUUAGAAUUACAUAAAAAGCAAAAACACAGAGAGAGAACUUUCCCAUGUGACCAGUGUGAUGCCAAAUUCUUUACUAAAUAUGAUUUGGGUACUCAUCAACUGCGCCAUUCGGAUGAAAUGCCAUUCCAGUGUGUUGCAUGUGACAAAAAGUUUAAACGUCUUAUUUUGCUAAAGCGUCAUGAAAAGAUAGUACAUUCUGAUUUACCACAGCAAGCUUGCGCCAAAUGCCCAGCAACUUUCUUAAGUGUAGAGGAACUAGAAGCUCACCAACAAAAGCAUACCUACGAGCCUAGAAAACGUUUUGGAUGUGCAUGUGGCAAAAAGUAUAGUGAUAAGGCAGCUCUGGAAAGACAUAAGGCAUUUGUGCGCUGCAGAAAUCCAGAUUUUUCCUGUGAAUACUGUCCUCAGCAAUUUACGUCGCUUACUAAACUAGCACGACACGUGCGUUCGCAUGCAGGCGAAAGACCUUAUCCCUGCAAACAUUGUGACAAGAGCUUCAUGAAGUCCCACCAUUACACAAGACAUCUGCGUGUCAAACAUCGUGAGAAUAUCCGUUCCGCUCGCGGACCCUUCGGCCAAGUGGAGCAGUACCGCUGUGAGCAGUGCGAGGACACCUUCUCUACUCAGGAUGAAUUAAUUUACCAUUCGGCGAUCCACGCCACUCAGAACCUUACCUGUCCUCUCUGCCAGGAGAAGUUCGAGAAUGUUGAUGAUGUCACUGCUCAUAUUAAAUCUCAUGUCAAUGGGGUAGAAUUCAUGUGCGAUUUUUGCGAGCUAGUUUUUACAACAAAAGAAAAAUUGGAGAGUCAUGUUUUACAGGCGCAUGAAGACGAAUUUGAUAAUGAAAUGGGACCGGAUGAAUCUUCCAUGGAAAUGGACGCAGAAGAUGAUGACGAUAAUAGCAUAAAUGUUAAAGAUGAAGGGGAUCACAUGGUUAUAGAAAUUAAAAAAGCAGAUGAUUACAUGUUACACAAUACUCGAGAGGAAUCUGAAGAAAAAUGCGAAAUCACAAACUCUGAAGACAGUGAACCAGAGACAACCUACACCGAAUUAUCGACAGUCGACACAUUAGCGAUAAUCAAAAAGGACUUACCAACCAAGGCAACGAUAGAAAGCCCACAAACAAAUGUCACUAUGGCUACAGUCACUAGUGUCAAGCCUGCUGCGGAUAAAAAUGAUCAGGCCGCCAGGGACACACAAACAGCCAGUAUCUUAAGGAAAGCUGAAGAAGUAAAACGCAAAUCAACUCAAAAAGGAAAUGAAGAUAUAGAAAAAAAAGAAAAAACGAACAUCAAAUCAGAAAGCAACAACAGUGUUGGCGCCAGUAAUAAAUCAUUACAAUUGUUAGAAAAGGAAUUGCAGGAACUGAAGCGGACGAAUAAUACAAGAUUUGAACUUAAAGCAAUGGAACCGAUGAGAAAUAAACGCCCGCAAGUGCAUACAUCAACUCCUAAAACGAAAGCUGUUGAAGAAAAGAAAGCUAUAAUAACCACGAAAACGCCCGUAAUUGAGAAAAAAGUACUAGAGCGACGCGUUAUAACCAAAGAAAAUAAAGAACCGAAAGAAAUCAAGGAGAUAAAAGUUGUUAACACCAACACCAAAGAAGAGAAAGAAAUCAAAGAAAAGGACGUCACAAUUACACCGAAGAGUGUUAUUAAAAAUGGAAAUGCCGAUAAAGGCCAAACAGACGAAGGGAUACGUCGUUCAACGCGACCAUCCAAAAUUAAAGAUUAUGCGAAAAUGAUCCGCGACAGAUCUCAUCCCGACGAAGAUGACUCCGAUGACGCUGAUGACGAAGAGUACAGAGCUGACAAGCCACUAGAGAAGCCAAAAGGACGUAAAAGUGCUGUGAAGGUGCAGCCUAAAAUGAUACAAACUACACUCACAGCUACUACACAGACCAAAGUAGCACAAACGCCCGAAGUGGCGCCUACUCCGCCAAGAAAACGUGGCCGACCACGUAAAGAACCGCUAAAAGAAGUACCUUCAAAAAUAAAGAAGGACGCCAAAGAAACAAAUGAAGGAAAUAAUCAGUCAAGCACGACAGAAUUGGACGAAUCAAAUAGAACUAAGGAGUUAUCUACAGAUGAAAAAACAAAUGUAGGCAAUAAAAACAGCAAUCCCAUGGAAAAUUCCUCUGAAGGAACAAAGACUAAUACUGAACAAGCACAAACUGCAGCUGGAUUGCUAGUCGCACCUUCUGGACAAACCUUAAAAAAGGUGCCAAUAAAAGCGUUACCACCGGGUGUGAAACCAUUACCUCUGCCCGUAUCUGCCAGACCAAUGGCUACCGGUGAAUUGUGCGAAAUGCAAAUAGGAAAGAAAAUGGUUAAGGUACAGAAAAUAGUUAUGACCAAAGCUGAAGUAGAAGCAAUGGCGAAGAAAGGACUUGUGGAAAUGAAGGAUGGUACCAUGGUUCUAAAGCAAGGCAUAAAAUUACCAACAGCUGAUCCCGUAUCAAUGAGAUCUUCGCUAGUCAGUGAAGGAGAUGCAGUCAAAGAAUCUCCGACCAAGAAGGAUAAGGCUGCCCCGAGUAGAUGCGAACUUGAUGACGAUACAUAA